AACCCUCUACUUUCUUCCCUUUCCUUCGGCUUCAUCAAACACACACACGAAUCCUUAAAAUGAAGAAGAGGAGCGGCGGCGGCGGCGAGAAGCCUUUCCCGGCGGCGGGGGACAGCAAUCUGAAAACUCUAAUCCACGGCCACUCCGUCUACUUCGAUCACCUCGUGGAGCUCAUCCCGGCCCGCUUCUACCUCCCCGCCGACGAAGACAAGCCCUGGUUCCAAGGCCUUAGCAAAACCGCCAAAGCCGCCGCCAAGAAGGAGUCUCGCGAGAAUGUCAGGAAGGCUCGCCGCGCUCGCCUCGACCCUGAAAAAUCCGCCACCACCCUCGACCUCCUAAAGAAGAGCAUCUUUGAGGCCGCAGACAAAUCAUCCGACGGCGGCAGCGACAGCGACGAGGCUCCCGAGAUUGACGAGAACCUCAGCCGCCCCGUCGUCGCCGACGAUCGCUCCAUCACCUACGAGGACCUCCGGCAGCGACUCCACCGCCGGAUCGAGGAGCUCCGGUCAAAUCGAAACACCCGGCCGUCUGAGAAGAAAAGGGAGAAGAAAGAGAAGAAAAAGAACAAGCAAAACAAGAAGAAUAAGAAUAAGGAGGCAGGAGAAGAGGCAGAGCCCUCUUCUCAUGGGAAGCGGAAGCGAGAGGAGGAGUCGGAAGAGGAGAAGGGAAAGAAAAAGAAGGCGAAGCCAGAGAAAGGGAGAGAUACUGCCGAUUUAACAUUCGGCCAGGUCAAGAUUGGAGGUGACGACGACAACAAGAAGAAAAAGAGGAAGCUUUCCAAGCAGCAGGCUUUGGAGAGGGCGAAGAAGCUCGAUGAGGCAAAGAAAGACCCGGAGAAGGGGGAGAAGAUUUCGAAGAAACAAUCUUGGAAGACUGCAGUGAGCAGAGCUGCUGGGGUUAAGGUUCACGAUGAUCCAAAGUUAUUGAAGGAGAGUAUAAAGAAGGAGAAGAAGAGGCAGCAGAAGCACGCAGAGAAGUGGAAGGAGAGGAUGGAGAGUGUGGAGAAGCUUAGGGUGGAGAAGCAGAAGAAGAGGACAGAAAAUAUAAAGGAGCGGAUCCAUCAGAAGAAGAUGAGGCGGAUUGAGAAGAGGGAGAAGAAGCUCAUGCGCCCAGGAUUUGAAGGCCGCAAGGAGGGAUACAUUAAUGAAUGAAUCAUGUCAUUGUUCUGAAAUUUAUAGUAUAUGUGAGAUUAAGAACUGGUAAUGGUUUUGUAGGUGGAAGAAGCCGAGGUAAGGUGAGUCUUUUGGGGUUUUUGCUUAACUACUUGCAGGGACUAGUUACUUAUGUUUAAUGCUAGAUGUAGGUUUAUCAUCCAUGUUUAUGGUAUAUUUAUUUUAUCGAGAGUUUUUAAACAAAUUGCUCUGGAAUUGUUUUACAAUUGUUGCUCCUUUCAAA